UGUGUUGCACUAGAUUUUAUUUUGUUUGGUCUCUCUUCAGCAGCACUGCCCCGCCCACAGUCACCGCCGUAUUCCAAGCUUCCGCCGUCUUCAUCAUCUCCGUCUAUUGCAAUCUUUGAAAAUUUGUUCCAUAACUUUAUCGGAAAGUGUGUCGUAGUCAUGGUGAAAGACAGUAUCAAGAGAAGGAAGCCAAACAUUUUAGUGACUGGUACACCAGGGACAGGAAAGACAACCACUUCAACUGCUCUGGCUGAAGCCACUCAGCUCAACCACAUCAAUAUUGGAGAUUUGGUCAAAGAGAAGAACUUGCAUGAUGGCUGGGAUGAUGAGCUUGAUUCUUACAUUCUUAAUGAAGAUUUGGUGUGUGAUGAACUUGAGGAUGUUAUGGAUGAGGGAGGGAAUAUUGUGGACUAUCAUGGCUGUGAUUUCUUUCCUGAGCGAUGGUUUGAUUGUGUGGUUGUACUUCAAACUGAUAACACCAUUUUGUAUGACCGUCUGAGCAGAAGAGGGUACAAAGAAUCAAAGCUAUCCAACAAUGUCGAAUGUGAAAUCUUUCAAGUUUUGCUUGAGGAGGCUAAAGAAAGUUAUGCGGAGGACAAAGUUGUUGCAUUGAAAAGCGAUACUAUUGAAGACAUUAGUAGAAAUGUUGCAACUCUGACAGAUUGGAUCAGGAAUUGGUCCAUCCAAGUAUAGGGUAUUUUUGAUGAAAUGUAUUAGGGUUUCACGUGUCUGAAUCUGCAGUAUUUAUGUUAUAUGGUGUUUGAAUUAGACAGCUGAUAGUGUAUUCAAAUUUUACCUGGUUUUUCAGUAAUGAAGUGAAUUGUGGUAGUCAAGCAGGGGUUUAAGCAUACUGGAGGGAAUAUGGUAUGAAAGAGUUGAUGAAAAAUUCUGUCAGGUGAUGGAACAAUGAAUAACUUUUUACAAUCAUUUUUAGUAUUGUAUCACCUAUGGUAUCCUUAAUUACCACACUUAACCAUCUUA